CGCAGUCGGAAUUUAACUUAAUCUGGUGAGAAGGAUAUAUAUAUAUAUAUAUGUAUAGUCAUUUGUUUAUACGAGAUUCCGUCGAUGGUAUUUGUAAACUUGAGGAGGAAGAGAAAUCCAGGUUCAUCAAUAUAAAGCAUGAGUUCAUUGGAUGCCACCAGAGCAGAGCUUGCUCUUGCAGUUCUAUAUCUAAACAAAGCUGAAACAAGGGACAAGAUAUGCAGAGCUAUACAAUACGGCUCGAAAUACCUUAGCAAUGGAGAGCCUGGCACAGCCCAGGAUGUCGACAAAUCAACUAGCUUAGCACGAAAAGUUUUCCGCUUGUUCAAGUUUAUAAAUUGUCUCCAUGCACUCAUUAGCCCGAAUGCUCCUGGAACUCCUCUUCCUUUGGUGCUGUUGGGAAAGUCGAAAAAUGCACUCUUGACUGGUUUUUUCCUCCUGGAUCAUGUUGUGUGGCUCGGUCGGACAGGCAUAUAUAAGAACAAAGAACAAACAGACUUACUCGGAAAGAUAUCUAUCUACUGCUGGUUAGGUGCUUCAACCUGCACCUCCCUCGUCGAGAUUGGUGAGCUUGGAAGGCUUUCGGCAUCAAUGAAGAAGCUAGAGAAGGAACUCAAGGAUAAGGACAAAUACAAGGACCAAGAAUACUGCAGUAAGCUUAAAAAGUCUAAGGAGAGAUCAUUGGCUCUGAUUAAAGCCGCCAUGGACAUAGUUGUAGCAGUCGGAUUCCUUCAAUUAGCGCCGAGGAAAGUCACCCCUCGUGUAAUUGGAGGUUUCGGCUUUGCGAGCUCCAUCAUCUCUUGCUACCAGUUGUUUCCAUCACAAGGAAAGGCGAAAGCGACGUGACCGAAUUCCUUUCGACAGGUAAGCUAUCACCCUUGUCCUUUAAUACUACUAUAAGGUUUGAUGCUUUGAAGCUGUAGGAGCAACUUGUGAUAAACUAGAUGUGAUCGAAUUUCGGCCUCGUUACUAUGAUAUUUAGAUUCUGUAUCGGUAUAUUAUUUGAUGGAACAAACAUCACCUAUAAACAAGUAACUUUAUAGGGAGAGAUCGGGUUGGUAUGGUGACUGGAUUUGUGACUCUUAAGGAUAUAAAUUGAAAAUAUGCUGAUACUUUCUUCA